GCCCUCGGUGUGCCGUCCCGGAGGCCAUGGGGCGUCAGUGGGGGCCCGCCAUGAGGGCAGCUGAGCAGGCGGGCUGCGUGGUGAGCGCCUCCCGGGCAGGGCAGCCCGAGGCAGGCUCGUGGAGCUGCAGCGGGGUGAUCCUGAACCGUCGCCCGGGCCUGGUGCUGUGCCAUGGGGGCAUCUUCACCCCCUUCCUGCGGGCCGGCAGCGGGGCGCUGACCGCUGCGAGCGCCGCCUUCCUGCCCGGCGACAGUUGCGGCGACGACCUGCGCCUGCACGUGCAGUGGGGCCCAACCGCCGCAAGUCCGGCAGGCCGCGCGGAGCGGGGUCGCCCGGGGUUGUGCACGCCCCAUUGCGCCGGCCUGGAAACCCGCCCGCCCGCCCGGCCCCGCGGGCGGCCACUGCAGCCCCUGCGCCCCGCCGAACUUCUGCUGCUGUUGAGCUGCCCAGCCUUCCGGAGCCACUUCGCGCACCUCUUCGGCGGCGAGGAGGCCGAGCAGUGGCGCUUCGCAAACGCUGCACCGGAUGAUGAGAUGUCGGAGGAGGAGGAGGAGGACCAGCUGAGAGCGUUGGGGUGGUUCGCGCUGCUUCGGGUGCUGCCGGAGACGGAGAAGGAGGCGGAGGAGCGAGGGCCGGUAUUGGCCGUGGCGCCUCUCGGGGACGUGCCCAAGGGCGCACCGCUCCUGGCUUGCGGCUCCCCGUUCGGGGCCUUCUGCCCGGACAUCUUUCUCAAUACGCUCAGCAGCGGCGUGCUCAGCAACUCGGCCGGCCCGCUGCUGCUCACCGAUGCCCGCUGCCUGCCAGGCACGGAGGGUGGAGGCGUGUUCGCGUCACGGCCCGCGGGGGCGUUGGUGGCGCUGGUGGCUGCACCCCUCUGCUGGAAGGCCCGCGAGUGGGUGGGCCUCACGCUGCUCUGCGCCGCCGCCCCACUGCUCAGCGUCGCCCGAGCCGCCCUCUACCGCCUUCACCCUGACACUGCCGCCCUGGCUGCCCUCCUACCGCCUGAGAUGGGUGCCCCGUGGGGCCUGCCCCUCAGCUACCGAGACCCCGGGCCCCCUUGGGCAGCUGCGGCCGUGCUGGUGGAGUGUGGUUCUGUCUGGGGCUCCGGAGUGGCCGUGGCGCCCCGUCUCGUGGUGACCUGCCGGCAUGUGGCCCCUCGGGAAACGGCCAGGGUCCUGGUGCGCUCCACCACCCCCAAGAGUGCCAUAAUCUGGGGACGCGUGGUGUUUGCCACCCAGGAGACAUCUCCCUAUGACAUAGCAGUUGUGAGCAUGGAGGAGGACCUAGAUGGUGUCCCUGUCCCUGUGCCUGCUGAGCAUUUCCAUGAAGGCGAGGCUGUCCGUGUAGUGGGCUUCGGUGUCUUCGGCCAGGCUUGCGGGCCCUCAGUGACCUCAGGCAUCCUGUCGGCCGUGGUGCAGGUGGAUGACACACCGGUGAUGCUGCAGACCACGUGUGCCGUGCACGGUGGCUCCAGCGGGGGACCUCUCUUCUCUGCCUGCUCCGGGGACCUCCUGGGCAUCGUCGCCAGCAACACCCGGGAUAAUAACACAGGGGCCACAUACCCCCACCUGAACUUCAGCAUCCCCUUCACGGUGCUCCAGCCGGCCCUGCAGCAGUACAGCCAGACAGGCGACUUGGGUGGCUUCCGCCAGCUAGACCGCGCCUCCGAGCCAGUGAGGGUGGUGUGGCGGCUGCAGCGGUCCCCAGCAGAGGCCCUGCGGAGCAAGCUCUGAAGCUGUGUCACCCCUCUGCGGGGGAGAACAGCCCUUUGAUGCCAUGGGGAGGGCUGAUGCUGGCGGCCUCAUGAUCCAGACGGGACCCACCAGAGCCCAGUUGCCUCCCCUUGACUACCCACCUUGCUCAGCUCUGGAGUCUGGACCAAACUUCUCUUUAGCCGCUGGGCACCUCUCACUGGGCAGGCCGUUUGGAGGUGCUUUCUCUCUCUGCCCCCUGACAGUAGACUCAGCUCUGCCCCUUCCCUUCUGGCGAGCUCAGGACAGCCGUACAACAGCCCUGGUCCUGACAGAGAUGCUGGCUGUAAGACAGGCCCAGUCCUGGUCUCGAGUCUGUCCCCUGUCACCUGACGAUCGCUGGCCACCUGGAACAGCAUCUUCCCUGGGGCCUUGGCUCCUCUCUGCCCUUGGUCAGAAUGGGGCUGACAGAGCACGGGGGCUUCCUCGGAAAACCUCAGCAGAGGGGCUGUGCUCCGAAGACCAGAGGUGCAAGAGAAAGCAUUGUCCUGUUCCGUGGACCAGCAGUGGCAUCCCUGGAAGCCAGAACUCCCGGCUUUUCGUAUGUCAGGUGCCCUGACCUCUGGGGCACUCAGACACAGUGCCUUAGUUUUCCAGCCCGUGAAAUGGGCCUCAGGGAUAUGGGGUGGGGUGGGUUGGAGGGGUGGAAUGUGUCUUGUGGGCUAUCUGGUUGGGGUUCAGGAAUAAACAGGACCUCCAAAGGAUGGGUCCUUAUAUGUCA